AUGUUGACCAAGGUUCUUCUUGCCGCUAUUGCGGCUCUCAGUGCGCUACCUCUUGGUGCUCUAAGCAAGCCAACACAGCUGCCCCUGCUCAAACUUCUGUAUGGAACGUGGCAGGCGAGCAAGUACAGCCCUGAGACAGACUUCUACACAUUCGAGAAUAUCCGCUAUGCCGCGCCUCCCGUGGGCCCUCUGCGUUUUGCUAGACCGCAGCCUCCCAAGCGAGUAGUGCGCGGUACAGAUGGUAAUGCUAUUCUGGUGACGAUUAACUACAGGCUGGGGGCUUUUGGCUGGCUCGGUGGAUCGGAAGCCCGUCAAGCAAAGGCAAAUAACCUGGGCUACAUGACCAGCGAGCCGCGCUGGAAUGGGUGGGGGUCAAUUAUCCCGCACAUCACCCAAUACGGGGGACGGCGAGAUCCCCUCUUCCAAAAAGCAUUUGUUCAGAGCCCGGGCUGGUUUGCCGAAUGGGAUCUCCCCGCAGUCGGCAGGGGGCUCACCAAUUUCACAAAAGCCCUUGGAUGUGACACUCGCGCCACGUUCGCCUGCUUGCGCAGCGUGGACGCGAGCCAGAUCCAUAACGCGACUUCUCUGCUACGCAGAAUCGGGCCAAUUAAGGAUGGCGACUGGCUUGAAUCCGAUCCUCUCAUUGCGCUCAAAGAUGGUGGCUACUGCAAAUGCAUAGAGUCCGUCAUCUCCACCCAUGUCCAACAUGAGGUACCCUGGUUCCUGGGCCCUAUUGAGAGUGAUGCCGAUUUCGUCUCUGGAAUGUUACUCGCCUUUGAAGACAACGCGGCCGUGGCGCUGGCCAAGGCGUUCUCCGGCAAAGCCUUUGCUGGUAUCUUUUUGAGCCGUGGGGCCCUGCAUGCGAAUGAUUUUGAGAUCCCUUAUUAUUACGAGGGACCGUUGAAUCUGACCACCCUCGACCCGAAUCUGGCACUGGCCUAUCAGUCCGACUUUCACUGUCAGGCACCGACCGGUGAUGCCAAUGCUCUUAGAAACGUCAGCACUACCCCGGUAUGGCCGCUCUUCCGAGCUACUAACCAGGCCAAGUUCCUGAAAGUGACCGAUGAAGGCUUCGAAAUAGUCAAGCAUCCUAGGUUGGUGUCUCUUGCUAGCUUCUGGAAUGACAUCUUCCUCCAUCUCAAAAAGCUCAGCCUCUCGCGCAACAGGCAGUUUGGUUUGGGCAUUCACUUUACAAGGCGAUAG